AUGCAGCCACAAAACACAGCCAGAGCAUUUCGCUCAAUACACAGAAGCCUAUCUCAAUCCCCGCGAAAUCGAACAUUUGGCACACAAUCGCCAUUCCGAAUACCUCCACCAACCUCGCGAUGCAUAUCCACCACCGCCCCGAAACAACACAAUCCAACCCCUAAUUCCACCGUCGACCCAACCGAAGUAUCGCACUUCAAUGCCCUCGCAUCAUCGUGGUGGGACCCCCAUGGCCCCUCGCGACUCCUCCAUCUGAUGAACCCCCUUCGCCACGAGUUCAUAACAGAAUGUCGCUCCUCGACGACGACGCCACGAAACCCGCAUGAGAAACUACGCUACCUAGACAUUGGCUGCGGCGGCGGCAUCUUCGCUGAAUCCGCCGCGCGCCUACCCAACACCACAUCCGUUACCGCCAUCGACCCUACACCCCAGGUCCUCUCCAUCGCCGAAGCGCACAAACGUCGCGACCCUACACUCACCUCACCGGGCAAACUCACCUACCUAAAUACUUCCAUCGAAGACUUGCCUCGGCCUACAUCAGAGACAGAGGCUUUCGAUAUCGUAACGCUCUUCGAAGUCAUCGAGCAUGUGAAUGCCCCAGGCCCGUUUCUGGAGCACGUUUUACCGCAUGUGAAACCGGGUGGUUGGUUGAUUAUGAGUACGAUUGCAAGGACGUGGACGAGUUGGGUUGUUACGAAUGUGGUCGCGGAGGAUGUGCUGGGGAUCGUGCCAAAGGGGACGCAUGAGUGGAACAAGUAUGUUAAUGAGGAGGAGUUGAGGGACUGGUUUGGUAAGCAGCCUGGCUGGGGUAACAUGAGGUGUAUGGGAACUAUGUAUGUGCCGGGACUGGGGUGGAAGGAGGUUGCGGGGAGUCAGCAGUGGGGGAACUACUUUUUUGGGGUGAGGAGGGAUGACUAG